CUUCGAGUCAGGUUGCCGCAUGGCCAACAGCCAUCAUUAAACAAGCCAUUGGGAUUAUUAUCAAUAAAAGGAAACUAACAAAAAUCCCAAGAUGCCGGAACCAAAGGAGCAAUUCUCGUGUGAGAUGUACAGCGAAAAGUUCUUCAUGUUAUGUGCGGCCGGCGGCGCCUGCGCUUGUGGGAGCACGCACACUUUCGUCACCCCUCUCGACGUGGUCAAAUGUCGACUGCAAAUAGACCCCGGAAAGUACAAAUCCAUAUUUAAUGGUUUCCGCGUGUCGUUGGCCGAAGGCGGCAUGGCCAAUCUUGUCAAAGGCUGGCUACCUACGCUGUUGGGAUACUCCAUUCAAGGAUCCAUUAAAUUCUCAGGUUACGAAUACUUCAAAUACAAAUUCGCGAAGAUGGUCGACGAAGAGUCUGCGUAUUUGUACCGGACGUAUUUGUAUUUGGCCGCAUCUGCUUCUGCCGAAGUGCUAGCGGACAUCGGCCUUUCUCCAUUCGAGGCUACGAAAGUUAGGAUGCAGACCACGCCGGGGUAUACGUCGAAAAUGUUCGAAGCGAUGCCGCACAUGUAUAAGACUGAAGGCUUCGGAGUUUUCUACAAAGGUUUGACUCCGCUGUGGGGUCGUCAAGUGCCGUAUACUAUGAUGAAGUUUUCGUCGUUCGAGAAGACGCUGGAGUAUUUGUACGCGAACGUCGUUCCGAAGCCGAGAGACCAGUGCACGAAGGUGGAGCAGUUGAUAUUGACGUUCACGGCGGGGUACAUUGCUGGAGUGCUGUGCGCGAUUGUUUCUCACCCGUCCGAUACGAUCGUGUCGAAGCUGAACAAGGAUCCGAGCGCUUCGAUUGGCGGGAUCUUGUCGGAGGUGGGGCCCGUGGGGAUAUGGCGCGGGCUGGUGGCGCGCAUCAUCAUGAUCGGCACGCUCACGGGGCUGCAGUGGUUCGUGUACGACGCCUUCAAGGUGUACACGGGCAUGCCCCGCCCCCCUCCGUCUCCGAUGCCGGAGUCCCUCAGGAAGAAACUGGCCGCUCAGGGAAAAUUAUAA